GGGGGGAAUCCUGGGGGGAAUCCUGAAAAUCCUGGUGGGAAUCCGGUGGCAAAUCCCAAAAAUCCUGGGGGAAAUCCUGAAAAUCCCGGGGGGAAUCCUGGGGGAAAUCCCGAUGGGAAUCCUGGGAAUUCCGUUGGGAAUCCUGGAGGAAAUCCCGGGAAUCCUCGCCGGGAUCGUGCCCGGUCUGCCUCAAGCACGAGGCCGCAGCCACGAGGAGCACCGGCUCCAACCUCAUCCUCAUCCUCAUCCUCAUCUUCCUCCCGCUCCUGGCGCUCCCAGGACCCCCGGGAUCACCAGGAUCCCCAGGAUCUGCCGGGACCCCCGGGCCCGGGCGCGGCGCAGGAAGGAAGCGCUCGGGGCCCGCAGGAAGUGCGGCGUCGCAGCCAUUGCGCAAAUUUGGGGUUUUUGCACCCAAAGCUGCGAGCGCGGGGCGGGGAAACGCGGCCGGGAAGGGAUUCCUGGGAGAUUGGGAAUUUCGGGGGGAGGAAGGGAGGCUGCGACCCCAAAAUCUGCCCCUGGACCCCAAAAUCUGCCCCAAAACACCUCAAAUCUGCCCCCACUCCCAAAUCAGAUCAGGUCUGCCCCCAGAUCUCCAAAUCUGUCCCCGUUUUCCCCCCUGGACCUGAAAAUCUGCCCCAAAUUCCCCCAAAUCUGCCCCAAACUCCCCCGGCCCCCGCGCGGUGCAUUGUGGGACUCCAGCUCCGCCAGGGGGCGCUCGUCAACACCGCGCGCCGAGGAGGGGGCGGGGUCAGGUUCGCGCUGGCCAAUCAGAGCUCAGGAAGGCGGGGAGGGAGCAGCCAAUGAGAGCGGAGGGACGGGAGAGGACCCCGCGCGCCUCGGGCGGCCCCGACGGCGCCUGAAAAACUCCGGGACUGGAGGAACCACCGGGAUCCGCCGGCGGGAUCCGCCACAGGGAUCCCUCACCGGGAUCGCUCACCGGGAUCCCUCACCGGAUCCGCCGCCGGGAUCGCCCUCAGGCGCCGCCCCUCGGUCACCUCCCGCCUCAGGCACCGCCGCGGGCAGUCCCGGGAGGGGCCUCCCUGAGCGGCGUCGCGCGGCAAUGGCGGCGCCCCUGGCGGCGGCCAUGUUGGAUCCCGGCGGGAUUUCCGUCCCGAAAUUCCCCAAUUCCCGGGGUUCCCGCGCGGAUCCCUCGCGGUGAAUCCCCCCCGGAUCCACGUCCCGGUGUUCGGGCUCCCCCGUCCCGACGCACUCCAAUUAAUUAAAAUCGGGAUUUUUUUUUUUUUAACCGUUUUUCAUCCGUUGCGCGCGGAAUUCCCCCCGGGAACGGGGCUGGAUCCGGUGGGAGCCGCGCCGUGGAACCCCCCCAUCCCCCCACCCCGGAAUUCCACGCCUCACUCGGUUUUGGAUUUUUUUUUUCCCUUUAUUCGGAUUUUUUUGCCGGUUUUUAGUUCAUUAAUGGGACGCGGAGCGGAGGCACUUCGGGGGGACCCCCGGGGGGGGCUGGAGCCGCCCCCCCAAAACCGCCCCCGGCUCGUUAAUGGAUUAAUUGGCCCCCCCGAGCCGGGGGGUCGUUAAGGCACCGGGGCCGGGGGGGGUUGGAAAAAUCCACAUUAUUGCUGGGCCGCGAUCUGGUUUUUUUUUUUUCCUUUUUUUUUUUUUUUUCUUUUUUUUUUUUCCUGGUUUGUUUUUUUUUGUGGUUUUUUUUUUCCUUUUCCUCAU